UGCGAGAGUCGAGCCAGACUGCAUCCUAGGGCAUGGACUCCCUCACGCCGCCGGCGCCGCCGCAUCCGCAGAACACCGAAGAGGAUUGUUUCCCACCAAAGAAUGCAUUGUGUAGGCAUGAUGAAGAGCAACAUGUCCAGAACUGUGAUCGGAUCAGCACACUGCCGGAUGAUAUUUUAAUUGAAAUUCUUUCCCUAAUGACAAUAAGCGAGGCAGCAAUGACUGGUUUUCUUUCCACCAGAUGGAGGCAUGUCUGGAAAAAAAUCAACCAUCUCAUCCUUGAUUCCUAUACUUUUGGGAUGCAAGAGUUAGAGAAGUCACGUUACCAUGAAAAUCCUCUUUUGUGGAAUGAUGUGGCUACAAAGUUUGUUCACAAACCUCUACAGAAAAGCUCUUCCUUGACCUGGAUAACAAGUGUUGCAAGGAAGGUUGCACAAUUUGUGUGA